AUGGCCCACUGGAGAGAGGAGUAUCUGGCCGCGCUGGCAGUUCGAGAUCAGAGAGAGAAGGCUAACGUUGCGCUCUACGAUGCCUGUUUGUUCCUGGCUGCCAAGGCUCCUGUGGAGAGCUGGUUUCUUACUGACAUAUCGUCUACAAUCAUAGAUACACGCCUUGCGGAUCGCACUGCACAGCUGGCAACUCUCAAAGAAACAGGCACCACACUUGAAGCUGGCAGGAGGUCCUCGGUAGCCCUCAGUGAAUCUCAACAACCCGUUUCAUCCGCACCUGCGACAGCGUCUAGGAAACAGGCUGCGUCUGAGACGGGGCCGUCUUUGACAGAGUUAUUGAAAACCACCAGGGCAGAGUUGUCUGAGGCACAACGUUCGCGAGAAGAUUUGCAGAAUCGCUUAAACCGGCUGAAUAUAGACGUCGAAAAGCUGCGCAAGAAAAGCAGCCAAGAUAGCCGGCGCCUCAACGCCUUGGAAAGCGAGAAGGAAAAUUUGUUGAAACGCCUGAAAGAUAGAGACGAAGAGCUGAGAGAAAAGACCAAAUUAUUGGAAGAUUUCCAAGCUGAGUUGGCAUCGCUUAACCUCGAAUUCAACAUGGCCGAGAAGAAGUCAAACGAGCUUCAACGAGAAAACAAAGAAUUAGUUGACCGGUGGAUGGCCAGAAUGGGUGAAGAGGCUGAUGCCAUGAACGACGCAUCGAAAUUCUCCUAG